GAUUUCAGCCACGCGAAGGAAAGUAUCCCAGCCAUCUCCCAGAGCUGAACCUCCCGCUUGCGCAACGAGUCAAGAAAGAAAGAGCGAAGGUAGAGAGGGGGGGAACCGCCGCGCGGCCGCGCCGCUCGAGAAUAAGGUCUCUCCCCCGAUUCUCCCUCCUCUCCAUGUAUCUCCUCUCGCUCAUUCGAUCCUGUGGCUAGUAAUCCCCGAGCCCUCCUUCUCCCUUGAAUUCCCUCGCUCUCCCUCAAAUCCCCGACCAUAUUCGGGAGGGAGCGAGGCGGGCGGGGCUCGAGAGCACGCUCUUCUCUGCUUCAAGUCCCUUCGAUCUCUUCCGCCGCCUCCGCUGCCAGCCAUGUCCGCGCUCCAGGCCUCCCUCCUCUUCUGGCCCUCCCCGCCCCUCCUCCGCCCCCCCAAACGCUCCUCUAUCCCUCUUUCGUGCACCCUCCGCGGCCCCGACUUCUCUGCCGGCUUCUUCUUCUCUUCCCUCCCCAUAUCCCGCUCCUACCGCGGCUUGGCCCUUGUCACCCACGCAUUUCCGCCAGAGAAUGUGGAUUCGGAGCGGGAACCCAUUUUGUCCGGCCAAGAUUCGAUCUUGGGCUCGGAUACGAGCCGAAGAUCCAACCUUUCGCAAGAAACUGGUGGGGAGGGGUCGAAAGGGGAGACUGAGGCUGUCUUGGAGGUCGGGGUGGUCGGGGAUAGUGGUUCCGAGAAAGAACUGGAAUCCGGUCGUCAGUUGGUGGAGAAGAAGGAGAUGAGGAAUAGGUGGCCGCUGGUGGCGUUCUUGAUUGGAGUGAUGGAUUCGUUGAGGAGGAGAUUUGAUGUUGUGAUGAUGUCGGAGCGGCUGAGCUGGUGGCCGUUCUGGCGGCAGGAGAAGAGGUUGCAGCUUCUCAUUGCGGAAGCUGAUGCAAACCCUGGAGAUGCUGCGAAGCAGAGCGCUCUCCUUGCCGAACUCAACAAGCACAGUCCAGAAUCAGUCAUUAGACGGUUUGAGCAAAGAAAUCAUGCAGUAGAUAGUAAAGGAGUUGCAGAAUAUCUUCGAGCUCUUGUUGUCACCAACGCUAUCGCAGAAUAUCUUCCAGAUGAGCAAUCUGGAAAGCCUUCUAGUCUCCCAUCACUGUUGCAAGAGUUGAAGCAGCGUGCAACUGGAAAUAAUAAUGAGCCAUUUUUAAACCCUGGAAUAUCGGAGAAACAGCCACUGCAUGUAGUUAUGGUUGACCCAAAAGCAUCAAGCAAAUCAACAUGGUUUGCUCAAGAGCUUCUGUCAACCAUCUUGUUUACUGUUGUUGUUGGACUGAUGUGGGCAAUAGGUACAGCUGCACUCCGAAAAUACGUCAGCAGUUUAGGCGGUAUAGGUACAUCUAGUGUUGGCUCAAGUGCUACAUAUGCCCCGAAAGAGUUAAACAAAGAAAUUAUGCCAGAGAAGAAUGUGAAAACCUUUAAAGAUGUUAAAGGGUGCGAUGAUGCAAAACAAGAGCUUCAAGAAGUAGUGGAGUAUCUCAAAAACCCAGCAAAGUUCACUCGCCUCGGGGGGAAAUUACCAAAGGGAAUUCUUUUGACUGGUGCACCUGGAACAGGAAAGACUCUGCUUGCUAAGGCUGUUGCUGGAGAAGCUGGUGUCCCUUUUUUCUAUCGAUCUGGUUCUGAAUUUGAGGAAAUGUUUGUUGGUGUUGGUGCGCGGCGAGUAAGGUCCUUAUUUCAGGCUGCUAAGAACAAGGCACCUUGCAUCAUUUUCAUUGAUGAAAUAGAUGCUGUGGGAUCCACUAGAAAGCAAUGGGAAGGGCAUACUAAGAAAACGUUGCAUCAGCUACUUGUUGAACUGGACGGCUUUGAGCAGAAUGAGGGUAUUAUUUUGAUGGCUGCGACAAAUUUGCCUGAUAUUCUAGAUCCAGCGUUGACAAGGCCCGGUAGAUUUGACAGGCAUAUUGUUGUUCCAAAUCCUGAUGUGCGGGGCCGGCAAGACAUUCUGGAGCUUUAUUUACAGGACAAGCCAGUGGCUGAUGAUGUAGAUGUUAGAGCAAUCGCUCAUGGUACUCCUGGCUUCAAUGGUGCAGAUCUUGCAAACUUGGUAAAUAUGGCAGCCAUUAAGGCUGCAGUAGAUGGUGCUGACAAGUUAACUGCAGCACAGUUGGAGUUUGCAAAGGACAGGAUGAUUAUGGGUACAGAGCGGAAAACUAUGUUCAUAACAGAAGAAUCAAAAAAGCUCACUGCUUACCAUGAAAGUGGUCAUGCCAUUGUUGCAUUCAAUACCGAUGGUGCUCAUCCUAUUCACAAGGUGACUAUUAUGCCACGAGGAUCCGCCUUGGGGAUGGUGACACAGCUUCCUUCUCAAGAUGAGACAUCUAUCAGCAAGAAACAGUUACUAGCUCGCCUUGAUGUUUGUAUGGGAGGGAGGGCUGCUGAAGAGCGUAUCUUUGGUGAAGAAUAUAUCACAACUGGUGCAAGCAAUGAUCUCCAUGCUGCCACUGAGCUUGCACAAUACAUGGUGUCAACCUGUGGGAUGAGUGAUGCACUUGGCCCUGUGUAUGUCAAAGAGCGACCAGGUCCAGAGAUGCAAUCACGAAUUGAUGCAGAAGUUGUCAAACUCCUAAGAGAUGCUUAUGACCGAGUUAAGCAGUUACUGAAGAAGGGGCAUGAGACCAGAGUGUGGGUCUCCUCAUUGCGUUUAUGACUUUGGUUUACGGUUGUAUGAGUAUAUAGAAUGAAGCAGACGGCUCCAAAGUAUUACCGGGAGAAUUAGGAUAUUCUCUGAGAUUGCAUAUGACUUCUUUGGGUCCUUCUUUUUGCAUUGUAUUAGAGAUGACUGCAGGAAGUUUCAAGGAUGACAAAAGCCAGAGACUACAAUUUUAUAAAUCAGUGAGUUAGAGAUAACUUUUAACUCAUCAAAAAAAAUCAAGUUAGCAAAGUUACCAUUAUUUGAAGGUGGCACAUUGCUGAUAUGGUUGUAUCAAGGUUGGAAAAGGCAGUCAAUACAGGUAUCUAUGAGGAGCGAGAACUGUGAAAAAUUUAAUUGUUUUUGAGGAAAGAGAGUUUUACAUGUUACAGAGAUGAACGUGUUACUACCAAACGGGGGUGUCAUGCAUUUACUGAUCUUCAUGGUUUGCAAUACAACAUAAAACAUGCCUGUAUAACUAAUUUCAUUCCUGCAGCUUCAGAUUUAAUAAUUUGUUAGGCCAGAAAAAAGUGAUUACUUUUGCUUCCUC